AUGUCUAAGUUUAACCAUGUAUCCUUCAAUCAGGAUGAUUCUUGUUUCAGUUGCUCGACUGAUAAUGGGUUUCUAAUAUACAAUACCUUCCCACUACAGAGAAAAUUGGUACAGAAAUUUGAGGCUGAAGACAAUUUAAAGGGUAAAAGUAUUGGGAUGACUGAACUAUUGAAUAGGUCUAACUAUAUUGCCAUGGUAGGGGGUGGAAGUAGUCCUCGUUAUCCUGUAAAUGCAUUGAUUAUAUGGGAUGAUCUUUCCAAGAAGGAAACUAUAAGAUUGAAUUUCAUGUCAAUAAUUAAAAAGUUUUUCAUUUCAAGAUGUUUUAUCAUUAUUGUAUUGGAAAAAUCCAUAUCAAUCUAUAAAUUCGCCAAGAAUCCAAUUAAGCUGUGUGACGAUUUUGAAAUACCAAUUAAUUCAAACGUAGAUUUUAGAACAUCAAAGGAGACCGACGAUCAAAUAAAUGGAAUAAUAUGUUUUGAAACUGUUAAAAACAGGGGACAAGUGCGAAUUGUCAAUUUAACUUUAAAGAAUGAUAAAUUAAUGACAAAUUCAAUAAUAUUUAAAGCGCACAAGACUGGAAUAAAUUUGAUGAAAUUUAAUAACCAAGGCAAUAUGAUUUCUACAUGUUCAAAAAAAGGUACUUUGAUAAGGGUAUUCAACGUGCAUAAUGGUCAACUUAUUAAAGAAUUUAGAAGGGGUCUAGAUAAUGUUACGAUAUAUGGUAUGAAGUUUAGCCCCCAGGGGAAAACUCUGGCAAUAGUAUCCAAUAAGCAAACUUUACAUGUCUUCAAAAUUUUGAAUGAUAAAAAUGAUAAUAAAGUGCAUGUAUUGAAUGGAAUUAUACCCAAAUCUAUUAAUUGGGGGGUUACAAAUUAUUUAGAAUCGACUUGGUCAAUGUGUAAGUUGCAUUUACAAAACUCGAAGUUGAGUCAAACAGAUAAAGAUUUAGAAGAGGAUCGAUGUAAAAUUGGUUGGUGUCAUAACGAUGAUGAUGAUAGUUUUGUACUUGUUUGGCUAAACAGAGGUAUUUGGGAGAAAUAUGUCAUACUAGAGAAGAAGCCAUAUACUGUCAGUGAGACUUUAAAUCAAUCGAUAAACAAUCAGGAUAGUUUUAAUGAUAAGAAGUGGGAAAUUAUAAGGGAAUCAUGGAGACAGUUGUGA